AUGCUUUUAGAUACAACUAAAAUAUUUCCUGUGGUACAAACCACAAUUUCUGAGAAUAAAACUUCUCUACCAGCAAUCGUAUACAUUUCAGAUUUACCAAUAGACAAGCCUGAUACUAAUUUAGAACAAGUCAUACAUUCACGUUUAGAAGUUGGAUAUCGUAUUCAAAUUUCGAAAGUAGAGUGUUUUUCAAAAUUAGGCAUUGCUGUUAUUAAUUUAGUCAAACAAGAAGAUAAAGAUUAUUUAGUUAAUAAUUUGCAACGUAUUGUUUUAUAUCCUAAUGAUAAUAUUACAGUAACUUGUACCGAACAAUUGGAAGUAACAUCUUAUAUACUUUUGGAUAAGAAUACAACAGUACCUACUAUUGAUGCUAUUGCACGUCGAUGGUCAGAUCUAUCUUCUUCAACUGAUCGUCCAAAAUUUAAAAACUUAUCAGCACAAUUUCCUAAUAUAAUCCAAGUAACAUCAUUCUCAAUCGAGGCAAUACAAGCUAUUACUAAAUUUGGCGUUUUUCAAAUUGAAGGUCAAAUCGCAAAAGUGUACACUCAUGUUGAUUGUAGCUAUCUUGAGGAACUACCUCAUUUACAACCAAAACUUGAUGAAAAUCGAAUUUUUUGUUUUAUUGCGACACAACUUAACAUGAACGAGCGCGCACGUAUGGAUAAAGAUCUAUGUCAAAAACAAGCCUACGAUCUUCUUCAACAGAUUCAAUCACUUCAUCAACCUAUGAAAGAAUUAAAAUCGCAGGUUUAUAUUCAGUAUAACGAACAAUCUUCAAAUGCAAUUAUUCUUGCUUCGAAUUGUUUACAUAAAUGGGUUUCGAUGAAAUUUGUUAAUAUUAAUGGUCAGCUUAUAUUCAAAACAGCGAAUAUAUCUACUAAACUUAUUAUUAAAUCAAUUCCUCCUGAUUUUCCACUUCGUUUAAUAUUUGAUCAUGCAGUUUUUCGAAAGUCUAUUAGGGAAGAUGUUUACAAGUUGAUUGGUGAACAUCUUGUUGUUGAAAUAAAUGACAAGUUGAUUUAUGAACAAUGCCUGAAAGUUGGUGCUUUUGAAGUAAUAAACAAUAGUGACCGUUUAAUGUUACGUAUACUUCCAUUUACUAUUCUUGAUGAUCCUGAUAAUAGUGAGAUUAAUAUCGAAAAUUGGUAUGGUACACGAAUGCAAAAUCAUAAACCGGAUAUAACUCAAUUUGAUUCUCGUCAUCCGAUCUUUCGUUAUAAAUGGAAUUCAAAACUUUGGCUUGAUCAAUUCAUGCAAAAUAAAAAAGAACUUGAACAAAGGAUAGAUAAAGAUGAACGUCGUCAAAACGACUUUAUUCGACGUAUGCUCCGUGUCACUGUUAUGCUAAAUACUAUGGCAGUGAUGCGCAUGCGUAAAUAUAUUCUAGAAGAUUCCGCAACCAAAACUGAAGUAUCCAUUGAACCUCCAUCUCCCCUUGUUACUAUUCUAUACAAUAAGGAGUCGAAAUUGACUCGAGUCGGUCAAACAUUUACACCUCCAUUUAACUCUACUACUGUAGAUGUUUUAAACGAAGAUUGUCUUGUUUCAUAUCAUACUCUUAGUACAUCUUAUAUGAAACCACUUCUUUUGAACAUGGCUAAUUCAACAACGCCCGGUGGAGGCUAUCGAAAAGGUGACGGUGCUCAAGAAGAAAAUCUUUUUCGUCGUUCUAAUUACUAUAUGAGUCUUGAUCCCAAUAUGGAUCAAGAAUUAGAUCAAUCUAUCAAUACUGAAAGAAAUUAUUGCUCAAAUACAGGAGAAGUAGUACGAUUGAGUGAUCAUCAAUCGUUAUAUCCAAUCGAUGAAUAUGGAGCUAUUUAUACAUCAGGCAUUACAGUAUUUCGUAACACUGAAGAUCAAGGCUAUUCAUUGUUAAACCGACCAUUGUAUGAUGUUUGUGCAGUAGCGAUUGCUGCAUAUCGCGAUCCACAAGUAUUGAAAAAUAAACAACGACUUGUUCCAAACAUUGCCGUUGCUACUCGCAAGAAAAUCGAAAGCUUAUUUGCUAUUGCUUAUAGAAAUGGACAUCACUCAUUAGUACUAUCUGCGUUCGGUUGUGGCGCAUUCAAAAAUCCACCUGAACACAUCGCUCUGAUAUUCAAGUCAGUAAUCCUUCAAUAUGCUGGUUAUUUUAAAAAAAUAGUCUUCUCAAUAAUUGAUGAUCAUAAUACUGGUCAACGUUUAAAUCCCAAUGGCAACUUUCUUCCAUUUCAACAAAUUCUCGAUAAAUUUGUCGCAUAUCCGCCUGCCGUACAAACAAUUGGAAUGUCAUUAGGGCCAUUUCGUGUGAUUCAAUCUAGUACCAAAAAUCAAAAUACUAAGAUCGAAGAAUUUAUCACAUUUAAUGUACCACCGUGUGAGCAAGCUGCAUAUUGUCAAAAAAUGAAUGAUCAACAUCAUUGUCAGUCCUGUUCUCAUCCACCAAUAUGUCCACUUGGCUCUGAGUGUACUGAAAAUGAUGAUGAUGUACAUUGUCAAAUGUUUAUUCAUCGCAAACAAUGUUCCGAUAAGGGUCAAUGUAUUCUAACUGAUUGUCGUCAUUUAGCUGAUUUUGAUCAUCCUGAAUAUUGUCCUGAUGGAAGUAAUUGCGUUAAUAUGAGAACUGAUCAUUUGAAUCUUUAUCGACAUUUACCAAUAUGUGAUGACGGUUUAAAUUGUGAUCUUAAAUUCAGAAGAGUAGCUCAGCACCUCGCUCAAUUUCGACAUUGUCAACGUUCAUGUAAAUUCGGUGGUUAUUGUAUUCUUUUUCAUGAUCAGAAACACAUUUCUGAUGAACAACAUCCAUUUAAUCCUCCUUGUCCAUAUACACCUUUUUCAUGUAAAUUCCAUACUAAUUUUGUACAAACAAACAAUCCAAAAAAUCAAAAUGCAAUGAAUGAAAUAACAAAACAUUGUUAUCGUUAUUCACAUAUAUGUCCAUGGGGUCGUUUAUGUACUGAUCAAAGUGAAGAACACUUAUCAACGACAAUUCAUAUAGCACGACAAAUGUGUCCGAAUGGAAAUGAUUCAUGCAAUCGAAUGAAAGAAGAAGAUCAUCUUGAUUCAUUUAGCCAUAAAAAUGUACGAGAUAUUCGUGUGUUAUGUCAUUAUCCAGGUUCUGAAUGUCGUGAUCGUGGAAAAAUUGAACACAAUAUUAAAUAUCGACAUAAUUAUAUGUUAAAUUAUUUAGGUGUAACACCAUUCUUUGGAUUAAAUAAAAACAUUCAUUUUAUUGAAAAUCAAAUUAAUAUGAUUCGAAUGAUUCGUGAUUAUGUAGAGAAAACAUACAAACAAACAUGGACAAAAGUUUCUGUUCCAAGAGAUUUAUUAGAAUGGAUUGCUGCUCUUCAACCUAUUCAUCGAUGUGCUGGACCUAUUUUUGAAUCGAUUCUUGUACUUGGACAUGUUAUGAGUCGUUUUUACAUGGAAAGAUUAAAAGAUCCGACAUUUGUCGCUGAUACUAUUGAUCAACAUAAACGUGUACGAACAAUACUUGCUAGUCAAGUGCCCGCAUUGCAGAAGACUGCUCGUGACUUUAUUACAGCACUGGUUCGUAUGGAGUUUAAUAAAGGCAAAGGUGAUGAUGAUCAAGACCGACAAAAUAUCAGUGGUACGCUCGAAUAUCUUCUCCAUUCAAAAGAACAAACUUUAAAACCUCACCUGUCACAAUCAGAUCUAGAUGAAAUUCGUCUUUGUGCUAGUGAAAUCGCUCAAGCAUCAAUCAAAUUGCAUUCUAAUAUGACAGGCAUAGGACACAAAGGUGAUGAAGACUUUGAAACACAUCAACAAGUAUUUAGUAUACUUGGUCCACAUUUCGCUCAAUAUUAUGGUGAUAUUGUCAUUAUUUUUAAACGCGAUGUUAUGCUACAUCCUGAUUCGAAUUUUACGAUGCAAGCCGCCACCAUGUAUAAAGAGAAAACCUUUAAAUGUCGUCCAUGGCUCAGUGAUUCUGGUUCAGAAGCAGGCCGAAUUAAACAAUUCCAUUCAACAAAACUUCAUUGUUCAAUACCUGGCUAUGCGUAUGUCACUGCCCUAGAACUCAUGGCUAUUACGGGAACACAACGAAAAACGAUGAAUGUUGACUUAAGCAGUAUUUUACAUCGAUGGAAACAGAUAGAUGGACAUCAAGUAAUAGAAGCGCAUUUACCACAACUUAUACCUUUAAGCUACAUUGAACAUAUAUAUAUGCCAAAAAAUGUCUUCGAAUCACUUUCACCAGAAGCUCAAAAAAAUGCUCAAGAAUUAUUUCAACAUAAUUUAACAGUGACAAAUUAUGAGGUAGAUCUUAAGAUUAAUCCUAUGGCAUUUAGUAAACCAGAUGAUUCACGAAAAGAAUAUGAAAACUAUGUAAUGGAUCAAAUAUUAAGAUCAAUUCGUAGACAGCAAGAGCGCAAUUCAUUCUUAUCAACAUCUCAUUUAUUAACAUCAUACGGAAUGACAAUAACCAUAUCAGCAACACAUUUUGAAAAUCUUAUCACUAAUCCACUAACUAUCACGCAAUCAUAUAAUCAAUAUUUAAAUCAAUCUGAUAAAACCUCUACAGGGGAUGGAAAUAUUUAUAUAUACUGGAAAGCAUUACGAGGAGAUUUCAUGUUGAUAUUGACAAAUGAAAUGAUCGAAACUGGCAAGGUUCAACCUAAACUUGUUUAUCUUACAUGUUACAUUGCUCCGUUUGUUACUAUUGUAGAUAGUGAUAUUAACUAUAACGAAUAUCAUACAUAUAUAAAUCCUUCGUCACCAGCAGCACACAAAAUAGUUCUUGAAGGACAACAUUUUAAAGCUGGAUCAAACAAAUUUCAUAAAGGUUGUAAUUCAAAUGAUUACAUUCUUUAUUGCUUAAAAUUGAAUCUAAAAAAAAGACAAGUAUCAUUGAUGAAUGCAGGUAUUAAUGGAAUUUAUAAUCAUACAAUAUUAAAAUAUACAUUUGAAGAAAAUGAGUUGGAUUUAGCAUCACUUGAUUAUAUUCAUCUUAGCGCAGGUCGUGAAACUGUUUCAAUACGUAAUUUAGUUAUCAGUCAUGAAAUGAUUCCAGAUGCUCACCCAAAAUUCGAUAAAGAAUUUCUCAAUCAUAUCAAUGAUACUCAUGCUAAAAGUACAACUGACAGUAUAAUGCAAAGUGAAAAUGUGUCGAGCGAAUGGACAGACAUUGAUGCCACAUCGGAAGAAAAUGAGAAUAAUGAUAAACAUUGGACAAUUUCUCAUAUGAUACCUCAACCUAUCAAGCACUUGGUCAGUAAAUAUUGGCCAAGACAUGGAGAUCAAUCAGAAGAAGAAGAAGAAAAAGACAGUGAUGAGUCAAAAGAAAAUCAACAAAUCAAACAUCUAACACCAUGCAAAUAUUCAAUAUAUUGCCUUGAUCAAUAUUCUCCUGAAAAAUCCUUGAGCCAUAAUCAAACUUAUUCGCAUCCGUGUCGUUUCUCGGAAUUAUGUCGAAAUAUUCGUGAUGUACCUCAUAGUAUACAGUUUACACAUAGUAAAAAUGAUGUAUCACUAUGCAAACAAGAUGAACACUGUUCCCUUGUGAUCGAUCCUGUUCAUCGUUGUUCUUGUAGACAUAGUAAUUUACCAGACUAUUUAGUUCCUUGUCGAGAUCAACAGAAAUGUCAUAAUUCGACAAUUGCACAUCGAAAAAAAUAUUUUCACGGUGAAAAAGUCAAGAGACCAAUAGUAAUUCAAAAUAUUCCAAAAGAUCAUUCUUCAUAUUUAUCAAAUGAAAAAUCUUCUCAUAUAUGGUCACUUGAAGAUGAAGAAUCUGAUGAUGAAGAUUUAGUAACUAGUUUUUAUAAUGAUGCUGCAGGCAAAAGUAAUAUUACAGAUGCUAGUGGAUACGAUCAAUAUGGUAAUCCAAUUGGAAGAACUUAUGAUUUAGGUCGAGAUGGUGCAUUUAGCGAAUUCAGUAUUUUAAUUGCACAGUUCUAUAUAGAUUCACAAUUCAAUGAUGCAGCUAUGAAGGUACCAAUUGAUGCAUUAAAAGUUAAAGGAUUUCAAGUGAAACAUGUGAAAACAGAGAAUGAAUGUAUAACAGAAAUAACCUCAAAUCAUCAUCAAAUCGCAUGGAUUAUUAGUACAAAUCAAAUUCAGAACCCAGCAUUCGUCUCAGCUCUAAUACAAUAUCAUUCUUCUGGUGGAGCUAUUUUUUUAUUUGCCGAUAAUACACCAUACGUUUGUCAUGCAUCUGAAUUUCUCAAAACAAAAUUUGGCAUAACUGUCGAAGGUAAUUAUUAUGGUAAUAAAACAAUGACAUACAAAGAAAAUGGUCAUCAGCAAACAGGGAAUUUUGGCCAACAUGAAAUUUUUACGGGAAUAGCAAAUUUAUUUGAGGGAAUCACAAUCUGUCACCCUAUCUAUUCAACAGCAGAAAGUCGCACGAAAUUCACUACACUAGCAACAGCAACCGAUGGUAAUAGUAGUAUUGCCGUAUAUGAUCCACCUUCAACUUCGACAGAAGGACGAUUAUGUCUCGAUUGUGGUUUUACUAAACUGUAUAUAAAUUGGGAUUCGGCAGGCACCGCGCGUUAUAUUGUUAAUGCUAGUUGUUGGUUGCUUGGAAUUGAAAAACGUUUGAAACAGAAGAAGAAAAGCAAAACUAAGAAAUAA